CAAGAUGUUAAGAAGUCCCUUGUGCCAAUAGGUGGGGAGCAUUUCACGACAUUCGUUGAUUGUUGAGAGUGGUAGACGCUCAACAUCGGUGGGGGGGGGGGGGGGGAUACGUAUAUCUUGGCCUGGGUAACCUUCAGGACAGUUGGGCACAGGACACAUCAUCAGUAGUGUACCCUUGCAUCACUGGGUGUUUCGGCCUUUUAACACUAUACACCCUCCACAAGGGCGGCCCGCUGCAGGAUGAUCAGCCCUCAGCGCGUGUCCCGUGUCAAACCGUCCCAAAGAUUCACCCUGACGUACUUGGGGCCCAGCAUGGGUCGUUCCGCUUGAGCCAAAUCCACCGACUGCUUCUUUCAGCCGCCUCUGAGAGUGAUCUUAUGGUCUUCCGCAGAGCCUGACCGUGGAUUCCAAGCUCCUUCAGCAGUCUGAUGGUAGAUGACGCAACAAAUCCUCUGCAUCCCACUUCAACUGGAUAGACUUUGGUGUUCCAGCCACGCUGCGUUGCCUCUGCUGCAAGCUCUGCGUAGCGCAGCUUCUUACACUCAUAGGCCCCCUCAACAGAGUUCUCCCAUAGAACUGUGAGCUCUAUGAUGUCUGCUUCAGAAAAGUAAUUAGAGAGAAUUGUUUGAAUAUUUGUGCGAAUUAUUUUGAAACAGAUCUCUAGUAAGGUUCCAUAUGGAUAUCAAUAGUGCCAGCACUGUUGUCCUGCAGGCUCUGACCCAGGCUACAAGUCAAGACACGGCUAUAUUGAAGCCAGCCGAGGAGCGGUUAAAACAGUGGGAGACCCAGCCAGGUUUCUAUUCGGCAUUGUUGAAUAUCUUUACCAAUCACACACUAGAUGUGAAUGUACGGUGGCUUGCUGUGUUGUACUUCAAAAAUGGAAUUGAUCGUUACUGGCGACGCAUUGCUCCGCAUGCUUUAGCAGAAGAAGAAAAGACCUCUUUGCGUGCAGGGCUCAUAGCAAAUUUUAAUGAACCCGUGAAUCAGAUAGCAAUCCAGAUUGGAGUCCUGAUUGCCAAAAUUGCCAGAUUGGAUUGUCCUCGGAACUGGCCAGAACUAAUUCCCACGCUGCUGGAGUCUGUUAGAGUACAGGAUGACCUCCGUCAACACAGAGCAUUGCUUGCUUUUUAUCAUGUCACCAAGACCCUGGCAUCCAAAAAACUAGUAGCCGAUAAGAAGCUGUUUCAAGAAUUGGCAUCUGGAAUCUACAGCUUUGUUUGUUCUCUGUGGAAUCAUCAUGCUGACAGUUUUUUACAGCAGAUCUGUAUUGGAGAAACUGCUGCCAUCAAUUCCUUAGAAAGAACUUUGCUUUCAUUGAAAGUUCUUCGCAAGCUCACUGCGCAUGGCUUUGUGGAACCGCACAAGAAUUUAGAACUAAUGGAAUUUCUGAACACGGUUUUCGAGAGGUUAAAACAAUUCCUGGAAUGCCGUCGGCAAAUCAAUGCAGAGAGCUCUUGCAAUGAAAAGCUGGAGAAGACUAUUAUCCUGUUCACUAAAGUGCUUUUGGACUUUUUGGAUUAUCACCCAUUUUCUUUCAUCUCGUUGAUUCGGAGAUCAUUGGAAUUUGCAGUUAGCUACACAUUUACAAGUGCUGGUGAAGGUGCGGUGUUUGAGAGGUUCAUUGUUCAGUGCAUGAACCUCAUUAAAAUGAUUGUCAAAAAUGAUGCUUACAAGCCAGCAAAGAACACUGAAGCAAGCAAGCCUGAAACUUUGGAAGCACACAAGAUAAAAAUAUCUUUUUUCAACCAUUCAACUUUAACUGAAAUCUGUAGAAGAUUGGUAUCGCAUUAUUUCCUUUUGACACCUGAGGAACUAUCUAUGUGGGAGGAAGACCCUGAAGGUUUUGCAGUGGAAGAGGCUGGAGGGGAUUCUUACAAAUACAGUUUACGGCCAUGCACGGAAGUGCUGUUUUUGGAUGUUUUUCACGAGCACAGCCAAACACUUACACCUGUCUUAUUAGAAAUGGUUCAAAAUCUACACGGACCAACUAAUGUGGAGGAUACUGUUGGACUAGUUAUCAAAGAUGCUGUGUACAAUGCAGUUGGAUUGGCAGCCUAUGAACUUUUUGAUAAUGUGGACUUCGACCAGUGGUUUAAAAGCCAGCUUCUAGCUGAGUUGCAAGUUACUCAUAUAAGAUACAAAGUUAUUCGACGCAGAGUGAUUUGGCUGAUUGGUCAAUGGAUUUCAGUAAAAUUUCAAUCAGAAUUAAGACCAAUGUUGUACGAGGCUAUUCUGAAUCUUAUGCAAGACCAAGAUCGUGUGGUGCGUAUUGAGACGGCUACAACCUUAAAGCUUGCUGUGGAUGAUUUCGCGUUUAGAACGGAACAGUUUUUACCGUACUUGGAAAAUAUUUUCGGUCUUCUCUUCCAACUGCUGCAACAAGUCACAGAAUGUGAUACAAAAAUGCAUGUUUUGCACGUUAUUUCUUGUGUCAUCGAAAGAGUUGGGAUGCAGAUUCGUCCUUAUGUUGGAUGUUUGGUGCAGUAUUUACCUUUGCUUUGGAAGCAGUCUGAAGAUCACAAUAUGUUACGAUGUGCAAUUCUCACAACACUGAUCCACCUAGUGCAGGGUUUGGGAGCAGACAGCAAAAAUCUGUACCCAUUCUUGUUGCCGGUCAUUCAGUUGAGUACAGAUGUUACCCAGCCUCCCCACGUUUAUCUCCUGGAAGAUGGUUUAGAAUUAUGGUUAGCGACAUUGGAAAACAGCCCAUCCAUCACUCCAGAGCUCCUUGGAGUGUUUCAGAAUAUGUCAGCUCUACUUGAGCUUAGUUCUGAAAAUGUAAAGACUUGUUUCCAGAUAAUAAAUGCUUACAUUUUCUUGACCUCUUCAGAAUUUCUGCAGAAUUUUGCUGCUGCUUUGUGCCAGUCCUUCUGUGAACUGAUGCAGGAUAUCACCACUGAAGGGCAAGUUCAAGUACUUAAGGUUGUAGAAAAUAUUCUAAAAGUGAACCCUAUAUUAGGGCCUCAGAUGUUUCAGCCGAUUCUUCCAUCGGUCCUUAAAGGAAUCUUGGAUGGAGAGAGAUAUCCAGUAGUAAUGUCAACAUACCUAGGCAUCACAGGCCGAGUACUAUUGCAAAAUACAGUCUUCUUCUCUUCCCUGCUCAAUCAGAUUGCAUUAGAACUCAACCAGGAGAUGGAUCAGCUUCUUGGCAAUUUAAUUGAGAUGUGGGUUGAGCGAAUGGACAACAUUACACAACCAGAGAGACGAAAGCUUUCUGCAUUGGCAUUACUUUCACUCUUGCCAUCAGAAAACAGUGUGAUUCAGGAUAAAUUCUGUGGCAUUAUAAACAUUUGCGUGGAAGCACUGCAUGAUGUUAUGUCAGAGGAUCCAGACUCAGGGACAUACAAAGAUUGUAUGGUGAUAUCACAUUUUGAGGAGCUUAAAGUUAGUGAAGAUGAAGAACCUCCAACUGAACAAGACAAAAGGAAAAAGCUGCUUGCACUGAAAGACCCAGUACACAGUGUGUCACUGCAGCAGUUUGUCUUCGAGAAACUGAAAGCACAGCAAGAAUUACUUGGAGAGCAAGGCUUCCAGAAUCUGAUGGAGUCUGUGGACACUGACAUUGUCAGACAGCUGCAAGGAUUUUUACAGAAGUUGUGAAAACUGAUUCCUCGUAUUAAAGAAGAAAUGAAACACAUGCAAAAAUAUAUUCUUACAGCAAACAUCACCAAAGCUGAUCAACAUCAUCGUCAUUACAUUGUGACCACCUCUCAUGCAUAAUCUGAUGCAAUAUCCAGAUGGAGAAAUAAAGCAAAACAUUAUUUUGAACCGUGCUAAGAAGAAACAAUGUUAAAUAAGAAAAACAUGCCUGGGAUUAAAGAGCUCUUUGUAGCUUCAGUAUUGUUCAUUAUAUUUGAAGACCAGAGUAAGUGUAGCUUUACUUCGGUUUGUAUGAUUUUAAAAUUGCAGAAAAUCGACAGUGUGACAAUAGAACACAGUUGGUGGAUAGCUCGUAUACAGUAAUGGAAUGGAAAUCGAACUUCUGGGGAGAAAAUAUUUGUUCUGCAUUUUAGCUACAACUUCAAAAUAAGCAGGAUGGUUUCAUAAAUUAUGUUUAUGGAAACGACGCACAUUUAAUUCACACUUUCAAGCUCUAAAAUUAACUAUGUUAAAUUCUACCUAGGUCAGAAAAAAUGUUAAUAAAAAGCCUUACUGUAUUUUAUCACCCUUACAUCAACUGCACAGCCUAUUUUUGAGCAUUUUCUGUUUUGUUUUUAAUGUUUAAAAUAAUCAUUUGGUAUUUUAUGAACCCAGGAAUUCCCUUUGAAUGUAAUGUUCAAUGGCUUCUGUGAAUAUGGUUUAAAUCCACAGUGUUCCUGCAGGUUACAUGUGAAUGAAGCAACAUGGAACUUGAGCUUUCACCAUCAUUCAUUUUUUCUGGCUAAUUACAAAUCCCUACAAGAAAAAUUAUCAGUGAAACAAUAAAGUAUUUGUUUAGCAAA